AUGAAUAAUAAUGUUACAAGAAAAAUCGAAAAGCAGAUAUUAGAAGCUCUGAAAGAUAAAGAGAAUGAUCUUGAUAGAGAAAUUAAGAAAUACGAAAUUUUAGAAAGAAAGGUAUAUGAUGAAAAUGACGAAGAAUUAGAAAAUAUAAAAAAUAAAAGAUUAGAAGAAUUAAAAAAUAAGCAUAAAGAGAAAUUAACAUUAUUAAAAAAAGGACAUGGUACAUACAAAGAAGUUUUAUCAGAAAAAGAAUUUUUUGAAAUAUGUAAGAAUUCAAAAAAUGUGUGUUGUCAUUUUUAUAGAAAUACAACAUGGAGAUGUCAAUAUAUGGAUAAAAAAUUAAUAGAUUUAUCAUCUAAAUAUUGGAAUAUUAAUUUUAUUAAAAUUAAUGCAGAAAAAUCACCUUUCUUAUGUGAAAGAUUAAAAAUAUGGUGUAUACCAACCUUAAUGUUAAUACAAAAUGGAAAAACAGAACAUUCAAUUAUAGGAUUUGAUGAAUUAGGAGGGGACAACUUCAGUGAACAAACUUUAAUAAAUGUUUUAAGAAAAUGGAAAUUAAUAGAAACAAAAGAAUAUGAUGAUUAA